AUGGCUGAGGCCGAUGGCGUCGGCAUCGCCGCCAUUAUUCUAGCUGCUGGCGCAUUCAUCGUCUCGGUCGUUUUUCUUGCCGCCCAUUUGUUUUCUAAACCCACCGGCUUCGACCACUGGGACAGCGGAAUGAUGGGCAAAUGGGCCGACUACAGAAAAACGAAGACUUACGGCUUGUUAUCCUUCUCGCGGGGACGACGGACCGUGACAGAAGCUGAGCUACCGGUCAUCUUCCUCGCUCCUCGCAACAAUGCGCGCGGCCCUGUUCAAGGCAAGCCGAUCUGGUAUAUCGAUGGCUCGCGCCAGAGCUGUGAGGAUACCAGAGUGAUCUACGAUCCGGACCCUGGCCCCUCGAGCUUCGGAGAUAAAAAGAUUCAUACAGUUCAUAACGAGCGGGCGUCUUGGGUGAGGUUGCUGGAGACGAUUCAAGGGAUGGAGAGAGACUCGAUAGCCUGGGAAAUGGACAUGUGGCGCAGUGUUGAAGGGGUCAAUGCUGGUGGGAUUUCGAGGAUAUCACGCAAUUUUGAGUUUCCGACUUUGGCUGUCGGCGUCCAAAGUACCAUCCGCACAUUCGAUGAGACGUCCGUUUUACGUCGGCCUUAUGCCACGACAACCAUUACCCACCUGAUCGAGCUCACGGCGACAUUAGGCCUCUACUGGAAGAGGUUUGACCAGGACGAGGAUGUGUAUCGAGCGGAGGGAAAUGGAAUGAGCAUCCACGGAUACCGAGUGCGCGAGUUUGGUCUCGUCUUUACGUUUGCAAAGACGGGCAUCACGAACUUCAGGAACCAUCGCGUGAUCCCGACGGAGGAAGUAAAGGAGCUCUGCUAUGGAAACGUACCAACGAUCUAUCGCCUUCGAGACUGGGAGGAUAAAACUCUGCGUAAUCCUGAUGCGACCAGGAGGCAGAAGGAGCUCAAGACAUUGCAGCUAGGAAGCCGUCGAGAGAUCGCUGCGACACUCUCUCUGAUAGGAUGCGACAGCAACACGAUUGAGCAUUUCUCGAAGGGACAUUCCCGACAAAACCACUUUUUCCCAAUUAUUUUCGAGCUUCUAGGAAUGCUCGGCCGCACUCUCCAUCAAAAGGACCGUUGUUACACCUAUCUUCCGAACCCCACCAUAUAUGCCUGGGAGACGAGGGCUUUCUCAUUGAGGUUACUCCUCACGGCCUUUUCCCAUCAUCUUGAUACAAUUGCUGCACGGGACGACUCGAAGCGGACGUCGUCCGACCUGGAAGUAUUAGCCGAGCAAGCGGCCAUACUGAGAGAAAGCCUGCCCCCUACAAAGGACGAAGGCUAUGACCCCAAGCAACUCAAUGUCCUGAAUGACUCCAUCAGCGCAGCCGACGCCAUCCUCGCGGCGGUUCCCAAGCCGCUGGUUCUAGAUGUGAUUCAGCGACACAUCCAUACCGUGCAUUCGGCCCUCAACCCAGAGCAUGGCGAAAAGCCUAUCCGCUCGCUCGUCAACCUACUCAAUGCGCCACGCGGCGAGCGCGAGGCGGAAUUCAUGGCAGCCUACUUCGAUGACGUCCGCCCAAUAGUCACAGACAUUGGCUUACCAGACCCGUCCCGAUUCCUGUGGGCUCGGCUGGAAGAAGGCGCCAGCUUCGACUCCAACGGCGAGAAAACACGCCAGAUCGAAGCCGAGUUGCGGCAACCGGCGGGCGACAAACCAGCACCCACACCCCGGCUUGCUCGAGACGACACGGAAGCGAGGAUAGACCCGGGGCGGAACACGGUGUGGUGCACGCUGGUAUUUCGGAUGAUUUGCUGGCUGCUGCUGCAUAACUUUGAUCAGAACGAUGUGCAGAUGCCAAAGAGUGAACUGUUGGGGAGUCGGUUGCCAGUGUAUAUUAUUUAG